AUGAGAAUGCUUCUGCAUUUGAGUUUGCUAGCUCUUGGGGCUGCCUAUGUUUCUGUCACUGCUGUAGAAAGUACCAUGAAUGGACUGGUGGCAGAGACCUUGACACUGCUCUCCGCUCAUCGAACUCUGCUGAUAGGAGACGGGAACCUGAUGAUUCCUACUCCUGAACAUAAAAAUCACCAAUUGUGCAUUGAAGAAGUCUUUCAGGGUAUAGACAUAUUGAAGAACCAAACUGCACAAGGGGAGGCUGUGGAUAAACUAUUCCGAAACUUGUCUUUAAUAAAACAACGCAUAGACCACCAAAAAAAAAAGUGUGCAGGAGAGAGAUGGAGAGUAAAAAAGUUCCUAGACUACCUGCAAGAGUUUCUUGGUGUCAUAAACACCGAGUGGACAACAGAAAGUUGAGACAAAACUGAUUUAU